AUGAAGGUUUUUCUUGUCCUCGCCCUGGCUGUUGCCUCCAUUUCUGCUGGGAUCCUGCCUCAGGACACUCCUAUGCAUCCUCGUGAUAUUGUGGCAGCUCCCUCUAUCAAUGGACGGAUUACAAACGGAAAGAACGCAGCGGAGAAUCAGUUUCCCUACCAGGUGGGACUCAGUUUCACCGGAUCUUCCGGCAGUUGGUGGUGCGGCGGUUCCAUUAUCGCUAAUACUUGGGUUCUAACUGCUGCCCACUGCACCGAGGGUGCCUCCUCCGUAACCGUUUAUUAUGGUUCCACCGUUCGCACCAGUCCCAAGCUGACCCACACCGUUUCCAGUUCCAACUUCGAGCAGCACGCCAAUUUCGACUCGGACACCCUGAACAAUGAUAUUUCCCUAAUCAAGACCCCAUCGGUAACUUUUUCGGCGUCCAUCAAUAGGAUUUCCCUGCCCGCCAUCGCCAGUAGCUACUCGACUUAUUCCGGACAAACGGCAGUCGCCUCCGGAUGGGGCAGGACCUCCGAUACCUCCACUUCCGUGGCCAAGAACCUGCAGUAUGCCGAUCUGAAGGUUAUUGCCAACUCAGUGUGCCAACAAUCCUAUGGAAGCAAAGUGGUCACCAGCGGAGUCAUCUGCGUUUCCUCGGUGAACGAGGUCUCCACCUGCAAGGGCGAUUCCGGCGGUCCUUUGGCUUUGGACAGCCGGCUGAUUGGCGUGACCUCCUUCGUUUCUUCCAAGGGAUGCGAGAAAAAUGCCCCAGCUGGUUUCACCCGCGUUACCAGUUACCUGGAUUGGAUCAAGUCCAAGUCAGGGGUUUUUUGGCUUUUCCCCCUGAAAAAUUUCCGGAAAUACUAUCGAGCCAUGGGGAUUUGCCCAGCGAUCUUCCAGAUAAGACCCUUUGGAUCGGCAAUCAGCAUGAAGGUAUUCGCAGUCUUGGUUUUGGCCAUCGCCUCCGCCUCCGCUGGGCUCCUGCCCCAGAUCGCUCCUGUGCAUCCUCGUGACAGGACCACAGUGCCCUCCAUUACCGGUCGCAUCACCAACGGAAACAACGCCGUGGCGGAUCAGUUCCCCUACCAGGUGGGACUGAGCUUCGUCGGAUCGGAGGGCAGCUGGUGGUGCGGUGGAUCCAUCAUCGACAACUCCUGGGUUCUGACUGCUGCCCACUGCACCAGCGGUGCCUCCUCCGUGACCAUCUACUAUGGAGCUACCGUUCGCACCAGCCCGCAGUUCACCCACACCGUUUCCAGCUCCAACUGGAUCCAGCAUGCCAACUACAUCUCUCUGACCGUCCGCAACGACAUCUCCCUGAUCAAGACCCCGUCCGUAACCUUCUCGGCUGCCGUCAACAAGAUCGCCCUGCCCGCCAUCGCCAGUAGCUACUCCACUUACGUUGGCCAGACCGCCGUUGCCUCUGGAUGGGGUCUUACCUCCGAUGAGGCCACCGCCGUGGCCAGGGACCUCCAGUUCACCGACCUGACUGUCAUCGAGAACUCCGUGUGCCAGAAGGCCUUUAGCAGCCUGAUCGUCACCAGCAGGGUCAUCUGCGUGGCCACCCCCAAGGGCACUUCCACUUGCCAGGGAGACUCCGGUGGCCCAUUGGCUCUGGAUGGCACCCUUAUCGGAAUCACCUCUUUUGGGUCGCCCGAUGGUUGCGAGGUUGGCGAGCCAGCCGCCUUCACCCGCGUGACCAGCUACUUGGACUGGAUCAAGACCAACUCCGGAGUUUCGGCUUAG